CUACGUUGUUUGCGGCAUUCCUGGGUAGCAGCACUGCGGGUGUUUGAGUGUUUGAUUACAUGUUUACUACGUGAUCUGGUGUAGGACUCCUGAUCCUAAAACAGUGGACCCUCUGAGGUCGAUCUGAUCUGAUCCUCUGAGGCCGAUCUGAGUAUAAUCGCAGUUAUAAGGUGAUACGCUCCAAAACAAUCUCUCCUCCUCAAUGCGUAGUACCAGAGUGUGGAACUCAAUCUCCUUGGGUUGCUCCAUGCCAGGGUAAAAUAGAGGCAUUGUUCCUAGAGGUAAUUUAAGCUCUCUAACAGUGGCCUCUUUCAUAUAUGGAAACAAUCUGUAUCGCUACCCCCCUGUCCUUUUCUCUCUACAGUCUGACAACUGCGAUCACCUUCGGUUGUGUUUGUGGCUAGUUGAAGACAGACCCGUCCACAGAACUAACCAGCCAGACCCCUUGUCCAUCAAAGCAGACACGUCCUCCAGGCGAACGGAAGAACAACAGGCUAUAGCCCUCCAACCCCCAAGGACUGACAUCUCCUUGCAAGUUCUGCACAAGCUGUAGCACCCCCCAUGGCUGUGGAGGAGCUGGGCAUCACCCUGUCCAUGGUGGGAUUGGCAGGCACCAUCCUGAUCUGCGCCCUGCCCAUGUGGAAGGUUACAGCGUUCAUCGGCACCCACCUGGUGGUCAUGCAGGUGUUCUGGGAGGGCCUGUGGAUGACCUGUGUGUCUGAAACCACGGGACAGAUGCAGUGUAAAAUCUAUGAUGCUCUUCUAGACCUGUCCCCUGACCUCCAGGCGGCCCGGGGCCUCAUCGUCAUCAGCAUGGUACUGGGCUGCCUGGCAUUCCUCGUCUUCCUUCUGGGGGCUAGGUGUACCAACUGCCUGAGCCAUCCCAAGUUCAAAGCCAGCAUGGUGCAAGCCGCAGGGGUCACCUUCGCCCUGGCUGGGUUAAGCAUCAUAGUGGCUGUGUCCUGGACGGCCCAGUCAAUCAUUAGGGACUUCUAUAACCCGCGCGUCCCUGAGGUGCUGAAGAAAGAGAUGGGGGCGGCCAUCUAUGUGGGCUGGGUGACCUCUGGGUUCCUGUUCUGUGGAGGAGGGGUGCUGUGUACCAGCUGUCCUCCAGGGGGGAGAGAGGGCAGACAUGCUUCCAGCAGUAGGUACACCCUGGCUAGGAUGCCCACUCACACUCACAGCAGCUACGCCAUAAAGAACUAUGUGUGAGAGGAGAGUGCUUUAUUUGCCUGUUAACUUCAGGCAAAUAGUGUUGGCAGGUGUUGGCACUAUGAAGAGACAUGUCACAGCAUGUUUUUCCAUGACAACAUUGUUAUUUUGUACAUUGAAUGUCCAUGUCUGGUUAUUCAGUGUAUUGUCUGACUUUCAUAGAUUUAGAAUUGCCCUAGAACUAUUUGAUAGCUUGGUGGAAGUUUUAAAAAUAAGAUCAUGUUAAUUAAUUCUUGUUACAAAAUAAGUCUGACUUAGUUAAUUGUAGCUAUUCAAAUGUUCAGUCUAUCACCAUGAAAUAUGUUUACUGAGGAAAUAUCUGUUAUUGAAAUAUAAUCACUGAAAAUCAAUAGGUUACUAAUAUUGACAGUACAACUACAUCAACUGAAUGAACCUGAUUGUUUUUAUUUCCCUGUAUUGUAAUUCACAUACUUUCAUUUUUCCUAAUCCUAUUCAACUGUGGUUACUACUUAUAAUGUGUUUUUGUAACAAUGUUUAUCACAGUUCAUUUUGUGAUUAGAAUCUGUAUGCUAAGAGUAUAGAGGCAGUACUUUAGAGGGCAACAAAUCAUAUUCUUUGAAUGAUUUGCGAUUUGAACUUAAAAUAGAAAUAAACAUUUUGAUUAGAAAUUA